AUGGCGACAAUCGAGAAUUAUACUCCCCUCAAGGGCCACUGCACAUGCAAGACCAUCACGUACGAGGUCCUGGCCCCCUUCCUCUGCACAAACUGCUGCCACUGCACCUGGUGCCAGCGCGAAAGCGGCGCCGCAUACGCCCUCAAUGCUAUAAUUGAAACGUCCAACUUCCGAAUCACCUCUGAAACCCAGCCUACUAUCACCGACCUGCCCACAAACUCUGGCGACGGUCAAAAGAUUGCUCGGUGUCCCAAGUGCUACGUAGUGAUUGCCUGCGAUUACGGAGAUAAUUUCACCUGGACGACCUUUGUGAAGGUGGGGACGCUGGAUGGCGAAAGUAGAAAGAAUGUCAGACCGGAUGUUCAUAUUUACACGACUACAAAAAUGGACUGGGUCGACUUGACUAGUGAGAAGGAGAGGGGUAUACCGAUUUUGGAGGCCGGCUAUAAAGCGGUUCAGGUGUGGAGGAAGGAUGCGCUAGAGAGGUUUGAGGUGCUAAAGCAGAAAAUGAAGAAAGCCGAAGAGGUGAAGAAAGAGAGCGACAAGUCUACAGAUGGUGCAUGA